GCCCGAUCCCUAGCCACUUCCUACACCACUUCGCCUCCCUCCACUUCCUUCCGAUCCCUCUUCACCCGAGACCAGAGCUCGCCCUCGUCGAUCGCCCGCGCGCCGCUCAGCCAAGAAGCCGCACGACGGCGUUGGCGCAUUGCCCCGGAGAGGCCCGCCGACCGAUGAAGCCGCUGUACCUGCGUGGCAGCGGCAGCUUCAAGAGGCUGCUGCUCUCCCUCUCGCCGCACCGCGCGAAGCGCGUCCACGCGCCCCCCGACGUAGAGCACGCCAGCGCGCAGACGGAGGCAGCGUCGCCGCCGCCGCCGGAGCGGAGGCCCGAGUGGGAGUGCUUCUCGUACGAGGAGGUCCGGCGCGCCACGGGCGGCUUCCGCGCGGCCAACCUGGUGGGCCGGGGCGGGUCGUCGGAGGUGUACCGCGGCGAGCUGGCGGACGGGCGGGCCGUGGCGGUGAAGCGGCUCCUGGGCGCGUCCGCCUGCGAGCGCCGGGAGCGGGACUUCCUGGCGGAGCUCGGCACCGUCGGCCACGCCCGGCACCCCAACGUGUGCCCGCUCCUGGGAUGCUGCGUCGACCGCGACCUCUACCUCGUCUUCGCCUUCUCCGCCCGCGGCUCCGUCUCCGCCAACCUCCACGGCGGCGAGGAGGGGGCGCCGGCGAUGGGGUGGGAGGCGCGGUACGGCGUGGCGGUGGGCACGGCGAGGGGGCUGGAGUACCUGCACAAGGGCUGCCGGCGGCGGAUCAUCCACCGGGACAUCAAGGCCUCCAACGUGCUGCUCACCGACGACUUCCAGCCCCAGAUCUCCGACUUCGGGCUGGCCAAGUGGCUGCCGACGGAGUGGACGCACCGGGCGAUCGCGCCGAUCGAGGGCACCUUCGGGUGCCUGGCGCCCGAGUACUACACGCGCGGCAUCGUGGACGAGAAGACGGACGUGUUCGCCUUCGGCGUCUUCCUGCUGGAGCUCAUGGCCGGCCGCAAGCCGGUGGACGGCACCCACAGGAGCCUCCUCGGCUGGGCGAGGCCCCUGCUGAGCGAGGGCAAGACGGAGGCGCUGCUGGACCCGAGGAUCCUCGCCGGCGGCAAUGGCGGCUACGACGCCGAGCAGGCCCGGCGGCUGGUGUUCGUGGCGUCGCUGUGCGUCCGCGCGUCGGCGACGUGGAGGCCGUCCAUGACAGAGGUCCUGGACCUGCUGGAGGGCGCGGAGAUCACGGAGGAGCGGUGGGCGAUGCCGGAGCCGGCGGCCGGGGACGACGAGGGGGAGGAAAUGUGGGGCUUCGACGACCUCGACGACGACGAGGAGGAAUCCGGCACGCCGUCCCCUUUGUCAACGUCCUCGGCCUCGAGCGCUUAGCACGGGCUAAGAUUGCGUGAGGCGACCGUGAUGCUUGCUGAGAAUUUUGCUCCUUCCCACCUGCCCCGUUCGUUGUCGAGGUUGUGAAUACAAAGGUUAUCUGUGAGAGGCAAGUAAAAACCACCCCCGUAUGCUGACCACGACACGGACGGGAAAGAUGGUGGUGCUCGCGUGCAAUGCGUAAUGCAAAGCAGACCGAGGGUUUUGUCGGGCAUGGUUCAGGGAAAGAGACCGACCGACCGACCUGCCUGCCCUACCAAGAGUGGUACCUGGCUGCUCCGGUUGGGUUGGGUUGGGUACUUGGAUUCCAGUUGUAUGGACGCAUGCAGUUGGUUCGUUGUUGCCAGGUGUGCGUGCCGCUUUCAGUAUACUCUACUCUGGUAGCGCAUUCGUGGCCACGACACGCGGUGCAGCGCCGUGGCAUGGCGGUUCGGGACAGGUUGAGCUGUGCCCCUGCCCUGGCUCCUUGCACACCUCUUGGACGGACCCCGGAAUGGAGCGGCAUGCUCCUCAUAAAAGGCGAGGGGAACAGGGACCGGUCGAUCAUGUGGCCGUGAGUGUGGGCAAGUGCAGCAGGUGUUCUCUUCUCUCCUCGGGCAGCUUCCCAUGCAAGGUGUUCGUCUUCUGCGACAACUUGCUUAUCAGUAACAUGUAUCGACGCGAGGUUGGUUGACAAGCAACCUCUUCCUUCUCUUUCUUUUAUUAAAAACUGAAAGCAACCUGUGC